UUCUGUUACUCCAUAUGGGUUGCGAGUAUAAAAGCCAAUUCGAAUGGCGAACACCACAAGUCCAGUCUACCGUCCAUCAAUCCAAUAGAAACAUGAAGUGUACUCCAGUCAUUAUCUGUCUUAGCCUCUGCCUGGUCUUGUGCUCAGCAGCACCCUCUGCAGAUGUGGAAACUGUGCAGAAUAAUGCCGAUGUUAAGCCCGAUGGCUACAAUUUUGUGCUGGAGACCAGCGAUGGCACCAAACGCACUGAGGAGGCCAUCCUCAAGAACAUUGGCACAGAGAAUGAAGCCAUAUCUGUGAAGGGUUCGUACUCCUACCUGGGACCCGAUGGCGUCACUUACACGGUGAACUUCGUUGCCGAUGAGAACGGCUUCCAGCCCGAAGGUGCACACAUACCACGGGAGUAAAGCUCUUACGACUUUUUAGUUUAAGUUUAUACUUUUUUAUAAAUUAAA